GAUAGUACAUAGGUAUGUCUGACUUUCCUCUGCCGUCAAAGACGUGGCCGUAGUCGGUGUUGUUUGCACCAGCGGGUGUGAGCUGUUUGUCUUCGGGCGCCGCUCAGUUUGUGACAGAAAGUGGAGGAAAUGAGGCCAGGAUGUUUUAGUCUCAGAGUAAUUUCACCUGAGGAACCCUCAGCUGCCGUCUGCAUCCUAGUCUGCUGUUCAGGUCAUGACCUCUGUGGUGGGAAAGGCCUGAGAAGGGACACCCGUUCUUCGCGGGAGGAUCAAGAGGAAUACCUGGAAAGGCAGGAGCAAGACUUGACUGCUAAGCAGCAGGGGAGAACCAAAACUAUAGACGAGAGAGGAGCAGAGAAAGCCCUGGCACGUCACACAAGAGGAGCGCAGGAGGUAGAGGAGAGGAGAGGCGGUAUUGGGGGAUGGGGUUGGAGAGCCACAGGAGGACGUCAUGGUUCACAGCGGCUCUGCCUCCCCAAUGACAACAACGCCAUCGGCAUCACCUCAGCUAACCGUUCCUGCUCCAGCACCCCCUCUGCAAGCACUGCCUCUUCUAGAUCCUCCCCUGCCGACGACUACAGAUCAAGACCUCACCCAGACUCCUGCCAAGCUCCUCACCCCAGCUCUUACCACGAGCUCAGGCUCGACUCAGCCUUGUACUCCAACUCCUUCUGAGGUUGAACCUCCCACCUUAAAUCCAGGCAAAGCACUAAGCACUAACUCGGAUUUAGCAUCAAUCCAGUCUCCUGUACAGACACCAGUUCCCACCCAAAACUUAGUCAAUGGACGCUCUUCAGGCCGGAAGCGGACUCCUAAAGCCUGUGACUGCUGUGGUCCAAACAGCAAAGGACAUGAUGUCAAAACCUUGGGCAGGGGGAGAGGGAAGGGCAGAGGGAGAGGAGCGGGCAGGGACGUUGGUGACACCUCAAAAAGGAAAGGCGUCCGGAGUCAGCUGACAAGAAUCAAGAAGUUUGACUUGACAGAGGAAGAAGAGGAGGGGGAGGACACUGAUGAUGAAUUUGAGAAGGUGCAAAACACUCAUGCAGUCAACAUCGCUGAGUCGCAAGCCCCUGUUGACCUGCCAAUCACAUUCUCCAAUCAGGAUGGACCAAUGAGGAACUGUGUUGCUCAGGAGGGAGCAGGAGCACAGAAGGACAGUGUGAUAAAUAAGCAAGAGGGUGCUGGGGUGAGGAAAGGAGGUGAGAAAAUCGGGGAAGCGGGGGUUAGAUUGCAGGGAACAAGGGGCAGGGGAGUUUUAUUGGGGAGAGGGAGAGGAGAGAAGGGGAUGAUGGAGGCUAGCGAUGCCUCAAACAUUGAGAUGAAAGUUGGAGAAAAGAGGGGAGGUGGAGCUCCUGAAACACUGGCUCGAGCUGGAUCCAUGUCCAAACAGAGGCCGAAUGAGGAGGAAGCAGGUGCAGAGAUGGAGCAGGGGGAGCAUACUGACUCUGGUCUGGCCACAUCUUCACCUGGAAAUGGGCUAAACCUGUCUGGAGGUGGGACCAGCAGAGGGGGUGAGGAGGCCGAGGUUAAGGCUGAUGAUGUGAAUCCGAUUGGAACAGGAAAUGGAGUAUUUGUCUCAGGGCAGUCGCCAGGCUCAACGUCAACAUCAGGAAAUGCCCAAAACCCAGACUCAGAGAUGCAGGUGGACCAGGACCCUGCCGCAACGGUACCGGUGUGGACACCUGGAAAUAUGUCCAAUGGAGACAUUACCGCACCUGCAGACAAGAACCAUGGAUCCACUUGUGUGGAGAGCUGUAUUUUGGUGUGCACCACGCAGCACCGGUGGGCAUUAAGGGACCACAGACUGUACUGUCAGCCAGGAACCUGGGAGAAGGACGAAGAGGAGGGGGAGGAAGGGGUGGUGGCGGGAAAGGAACUAUCAGGACAAAGAGAUGGAUGGGAGACAGAUGGACAGACUCAGGACAAAGACAGUCAGGAGCCGCUUACAGAGAUGAUCCAUGACUUUCUGGAGAGUUUUUAUAUGAAGUAUGGUAGUUUCAUUCCUCUCAGUGAGACAGAUGUCCUGGAAUACCUGAAGAAGAAAGGCAACUCUGACCUCAACAACAGGAAGCUGGACAUCCCAGGCGAGGUGCGGCGGUACAGGGCAGGGCUGGCCUCUGUCCCAGUUGCGGGCUUCAUGGUGUCGUAUAACAAGCACACCCUGAGCCUGGAGGACCUUGGCACACUGGAGGAGCAGAACUGGCUCAAUGACCAGGUUAUCAACAUGUACGGAGAACUCAUCAUGGAGGCCACGCAGCACAAGGUUCAUUUUUUUAACAGCUUCUUCCACAAGCAGCUGGCUGCCAAGGGUUACGAGGGCGUGAAGAGAUGGACUAAGAAAGUGGACCUCUUCUCAAAGUGGCUGUUAUUAGUUCCCAUUCAUUUAGAAAUCCACUGGUCCCUCAUCACCGUUGACAUGGCAACAAAAACCAUCAGUUAUUAUGACAGCCAGGGCAUCGUCUUCAAACAUACCAUAGAUAACAUUAUGAAGUACCUUCAGUCUGAAGCCAGAGAGAAGAAACAGACUGCCUACCAGAAAGGCUGGAGGAUGGUCAUCAUCAAGGGUAUUCCUCAGCAGAAAAACGACAGCGAUUGCGGUGUUUUUGUCCUCGAGUACUGCCGCCGCCUCUCGGUGAAGCAGCCUCUGCGGUUCAGUCAGGAGGACAUGCCUCACAUCCGCAAGAGGAUCUACAAGGAACUGUGUGACUGCCGCCUCAGCGACUGACUGACUGGAUAAUGGCUGCCUUUACUGACUGACCGCUUGCCUGGUUACAUGAUACAGACAGCCUGUCCCAGCCUGUCUGAAAGCCUUUCCCUCUGGCAGCCUGUAUCACAAGGAGCCCCGACCAUCUGUAUACCAGGGAGCGCUUACUGCCUGUCUGCCUGUUUGACUGUCUCACUGCAGAGACGUCAGCCACUGAGACUGUUUCUGACUCAAAUCAACAAUAGUCUGUAGUUGCUCCCAACUUUUCCACAACUUUUACAGAGAACUACUGACGUGGCCCCCUACUGACCCCCUCAGAAAACGCUGGACACAUAACACUCACCGUUCAUGUUGCUUUCCUUUUCUUUUGGCUUCCCCAGUGGAAUUCAAGCAAAUGGCCAAACAGCCGCCUCAAAAUGGCUGCAGAUGGGAGCUGUGACACUGAGUGAGCACCAAGGUUGGGAUCUAAUAAAGCUUAGGCCAGUUUGGCAGAGAGCCUGCUGGGCAGAGCUGACAGAGCCUGCUGCUGACCCAAAUUGACUCCGAGAGAAACUGAGACUCUCCCAACUCUGAGCGACCUCUCUGGACCCGUGCGGAAACGACAUAUUCCAAGAUUUGGACUGAGGGUUCAGCCUAUGACCAACGCGAUAGACUCUUCUUCUCACAUGAAGAGGCCUUACCUCCUGGACGGCCAUUUUAAACCGAGAGACAUUUUUAUUUCCUUUCCAUCUUUUGCUGGACUGCAGCACUAUCACUCAUUUGUGCUUUCUAACUUGUGAUGAAAUGCUAGGACAUGAAAUCCAGUGGACCAGCUGUUCACUUGAAACUUGAAGGUUUGGUUUGGUUUGGUUCUGUUAGUCUGCAGGUGUUUGCAGGUCUGGAGGCCGAUCCGUUGAAGAUCCUAGAUUUGAACUGAAUGUACUGAUCACAAAUUCUUCCUGGCUGCCUCGUAGGGUGGGAAAUUAGCACCACACAGGCUGAUAGCACGUUUGGGAUGUGUGGCAUGAAAUAGGGAUGAGAAUUUUCAAAGUGCUUUUUGUUCAGGGUUUCAUGGUUUUGACAUCUCCCUAUGUUUUUUUUUUUUUCUCAAUUAAAAUUCCGUUUUUUCCCCACCCUAUUAUUUUUUUGCAUCUUUGUUUUGCUGUGAUCUCAUCAUCCAUGGUAAAUUUUGCACAGGUACUCAACCAGCCUUUUUAGCUAAAAGCCAUUGUUUGGAGCUUGGAUAUUUGAAUCCAUCAGUUUGACUGUUGCUUUAAUAUUAAAAACUGGCGCCCACUCUGGUUAGGAAACUAUUUGUUGAGCUGCACGUGUGAGGACCACAUGUCAUGUUACUGUGUAAGCUGAGCAGUGUCUCCAUGAUACUGUGGAGCAUACUGGGCCUACUGCUUCAUAUGGGUGCAUUUACACAGGUGCAGAAAAUCAUUUUUAUGUGUCACAGAGCUGACUUCUAAAUAGUAACCACAUGGGUUUUCUUUUCCCGUUUAUACAGUCGCAAAAGGUUUGUGUCUCUGCCCAUAGGUGUUGAUCUAAUUUUCUGCUCCUGUGUUAUGCAGCCUGAGAGUGAACCUCAACUGUUUUGUUUAAAUCCUCUGUUCUGUCUGGGUUUGAUUUCAUUGUUAUAUUAACUAAUAUUUAAUUAUUGGAUUGUAUUGUAGUUUUACUGGCCUUUUACAUGCUUGCUUUGGCUGAUAGCCACAAUGGUUCUUGGACUGUUUUUAUUGUUGUUAUUAAAGGGCCAACCCUGUUGGAAAUUUUUCUGCA